CUACACUUGGUAUUGUAAAAUAUAUGUUUUAUGUAUCUGUAUGUAAAAUACAAUUCCGUGAUAUCAUUAAAACGGGAUGAUGCAUACUGUUUCAAGAGGUAAGCAGACAUGCAAAUAUGAAGAAGCGUUCCCAGACAGACCGGGAGCCUAUUAGUGAAUGACCCGUCCUGUUAUUGGCUAUUUCUGAAACAUGGCCCUCAUGAGACCUAUCACACGUACCUUUCCAGGUGACAAUUUUCCAUGUGAGGACAAGAAGCACAGAGAACGAAGCAGCGCUUAAAACCAGUUUCAGUGUAUUUUUUUCUUCCAUUUAAUUGAGAGAAGUUUGUGCUGUUGCUAACAGUGUUGGACUAUUGUUUCAUUUAAUUUGAACUAGCAUGACCUUUAAGCCGAUGGCUUCCGAGAGGCACAAUCUAAUCGAGGAUGAAUCCAAAACGUAUUCAGUGGCACUGCUAAGGUAUGGCGUUUUACUGUGGAAGCAAAUCAGUGACAAGUUUAGCAUUUUUAAAGGCAUUAAAUACUUAAUAUUGAAUUUUAAACAACCCGGAAUUCACAUAUCAAUAUAUUUCCAUGUAAAAAAAAAAUCUGAUUUGAAAUUGAAGGCUCGGAAAUUCAGGGUGCACACAUUUCGGCUCGAAUUUGAUAGGCUCAAAUUUGAUAAGCUCGAAUUUUUUAGGCUUGAAUUUAAGCAACCUGAACUUGUUUUACAUUGAAAUAUAUUAAUAUGAGAAUUCGGUGUUUAAAUUUAAAUAUGAAGUAUUCAAUGCCUUUUAAAAUAGUCACUGAUUUGCUUUACCAAUAUUUUUUGUAUUUGUUAAUUAGGCUAUACUCCUAGUUGCUGUCGACAUUUUUGAUGUUUUGUGCAGCUCGUUGACAGAAAAAUUGGCAUAUUGUCAAUUUGGAACACUGCUGUGUUCCCCAUAAGGAAUAGCCUACAACUAAAUGUAAAACUUGUAUAGAGUAAGAUUGUCCACUUUGCACCCUCUAAGGCCCUCAUGCUUGCGAGUUGCUUUUCCCCCCUAAGUUCAACAGAGGAUAUUGAAGAUACACCAAGCACUGUCGAUGCUUGGCAACCUACUGCUCACUGCCACGGCAAUGACAGGAUUCCAUGGACAAGAAGAAAUGAAAAACAGGUGGCAAAACGAAAGCUCAUGAUUACUUGUGCCGUCAGCCUAAUAUUCAUGGUUGGAGAGGUGAUUGGUGGGUAUGCAGCCCAUAGUCUGGCUAUAAUGACAGAUGCAGCACAUCUCCUCACAGACUUUGGCAGCAUCAUGGUUAGCCUCUGCUCCUUGUGGCUAUCAUCCAGACCAGCCACCAAAACCAUGAAUUUUGGAUGGCAUCGCUCAGAGAUCUUGGGUGCCCUGCUGUCAGUGUUCUCCAUCUGGGCUGUCACUGGGGUACUGGUGUUCAUCGCUGUACAGAGAAUCCUCAAUGAUGACUACGAGAUCAACAGCUAUGCUAUGCUCAUCACUUCUGGCUGUGCAGUGGGUGUCAACAUUUUGAUGGCCCUGAUCCUCCACCAAUCGUCCUCGAACGGCCACGCUCACAGCCACGGGCUCGCUCCUCAACAUAGCCCUCAAGGUGGCCAGGGCAACACCAGUGUGAGGGCGGCCUUCAUCCAUGUGGUGGGAGACUUGCUGCAGAGUGUUGGUGUACUUGUGGCAGCCAUCACCAUUCACUUCUGGCCUGAGUUUAAGAUAGCUGAUCCUGUCUGCACCUUCUUGUUCUCCUUUUUCGUUCUGGGAACCACCGUCACCAUCUUCAAAGACGUCUGUAAAAUACUCAUGGAAGGGGUCCCCAGAGGUGUGGACUUCAACAUUGUGAGAGAGCUGCUCCAGUCCCUGAGAGGAGUCAAGGCAACACACAACCUCCACAUGUGGGCCCUCACCACCACUCAUUCUCUGCUGUCAGUCCACCUGGCUGUUGAAGAGGAUGCCAAUCCACAGGUAGUCCUCAUGGAGGCAACAAAACUCCUGGAGUCUGAGUUUGGUUUCUCCAGCAUCACCAUCCAGGUCGAGAGGUUUUCAGAGGACAUGGCCAUUUGCUCACGAUGCCAGGACCUCACAGACUGAAACUGACUGGGGGAGAGAGUACUCUCUCCUGGUUCCAAUGUUGUCCAAAUUAAGUCUUUGAAGAGGCAUUGAAAAUAUGAAUUUGAUAGUAACA